AUGGUCCCACGCUCACAUUAUCCCAGUACAUCUGUUGCCGGUGUGGACAUGGCAUUCACAUGCAUGUCGACUACGUCUCAAUGGUUGUCCAUCAUUGUCUUGCAACUCAAUGUACUGCCUAUGUGCAAAAGGCAUACACCUCUGGCGCAGCGUUGCACAUGUGAAGCCCAACUUUGCGACCACAUCGCUACCAAUAAUCCAUACCAUUCUGCGGAACCAUGGAAUAUUUUGGAUUUCAUGGACAGUGAUGGCCCUUCUGGUGUAAACACGAUCAACAAUGGUCCUUUCAUGCCAAGAUCCGGGUUCUUUUCUUCCAACACUUCUGAACAAAACCUUAUCCCAGUCACUCCAACACAUAUGUCCUCACCUUAUAUCAGUUCCUAUGCAUUCAACUCUUCCCACGAUGCGAGGAACACUGGUAUCCCCUUCAUUCCCACACCAGUUUCUUCCCCCUCAGGAAGUAGCAUCUCAGUCGGUAUUCAACCGGAUAUCACUCAGAUCCAAGCUUAUAUCUCAGACGAUUCUUUUGUCCACUACCAGGACAAUUUCACUAACAACACCUAUGCUCAUCAGCCAGGCUGCAACAUGAUGAAUGGGCACCCCGCCGUCCAAAUACCAGGGUCAUUUGAAUCCAAUAUACGACAUGAUGCCUGAGGCCUGGUUGUACCCAUACACUUAGGACACAACCACCACCACAAUAUAACUUCUCACCUCCUCCACCGAAUUUUCUACACAUCACUUCGUCUCCUUAUUCCUCGUUGUCAUGAGCCUCAAUAUUUUUCAACUUGACACAUGAUCAUCCCAAGUCUUUGCCCUCCAUUUCCAUUUCCAGUUUUGUUCCUUCUGUAACGCACUAGUAGGGAUGUGCACCGUAUCCGUAAUACGGUGGAUACAUAUGGCACACACGGAUACGGGUCUGUACCGUUGCGAGUGCG